CGCGCGACGGACGGAUCGGUUGUGGGGCACGACGCAGGAUCCUUCUUCUACACUACGCAUCUUUACACGAUGGGGACGGACGAUCUAACCAAAGCGGAGAAGAUACUGAACGGGUUCCAAAUCAACUGGAUGAUAUUGCGUGACGCGGACACAGGUAAAAUCAUCUGGCAGGAGAACAAGGACUUUUCCUGCCCCGAUGUGGAGCACGAGGCGAAGGUGCCGGUGAAAGUGCUGAGUUUGCGAGCGGUUUCGCGUGAAAUCAAUUUCAGCACCGUGGAAGCGAUGGAAAACUUUCGGCUCGAUCAAAAGGUACUGUUCAAGGGGCGCAUCAUGGAGGAAUGGUUUUUCGAGAUGGGAUGGGUGAGCCCGAACACGACCAACACCUGGCAGUCGACAAUCGAAGCGGCCCCCGAGUCACAGAUGAUGCCGGCGAAGGUGCUGAACGGAAAUGUGACCAUCGAGACCAGCUUUUACGACGGCGAGACGCUGAUCAGCAAGUCGGUCGUGCGGUUAUACUACAUCUAAUCGGAAACCCAUCGCACUCACGGCAACUCUAGUUCAAAGACAAUUCAACGAACUUUUUUUUUUGUUGGGUAGGAAACUGUUCUUCUUCGACACACUCUUACCGCACGCAGAAUCUAGUUGUGCUACACACCGGGCAAUAGAAUUACGAUUCAGCUCUAAGGAACGCUUGCGGAAUUCGUUGUGCAGAUGUGCCGAUUUCGAUUGCACGCGCAGAAAACAGUAAAGCCAGCGGAGUUUGAUAACUGUACUGAUGAAGGCAAACGCAAAGCAAUUUACAGCACAGUGUACGGGACGCGGAGUGUGUUGGAUGUAGUAGUCAUAGGUAUUUUUCUCAAUUAAGCACCAUCUGCGUACUUUGUAAGUUUUUUAUAUAAUUAGUCGUAAGGCUUAGAGGGGCAAGAGAGGGAGAGAGAGUAUUUGUAUUAAUUUAGUUCCACACAACAGAGCCAU